CCGUCGUCCACCGGGGCACCGGCCACUCACCCGGAAGGAGAAGCCGACACGGGCUGCAUGGUGGCGCGCCGGCGGUGUUGUGGGGAGUGCGAGCUGCUCUUAGGUUUUUUCCUCCAAUGGGCUUUUGGUGUAGGAUGUUGGAGAACCAAGAGCAGGAGGAGGUGAUCACUGUGCGUGUUCAGGACCCCCGUGUGCAGAAUGAGGGCUCCUGGAAUUCUUACGUGGAUUAUAAGAUAUUCCUCCAUACCAACAGCAAGGCAUUUACCGCCAAAACGUCCUGUGUACGUCGCCGGUACCGUGAGUUUGUGUGGCUGAGAAAGCAGCUACAGAGAAAUGCUGGUUUAGUUCCUGUACCUGAGCUUCCUGGGAAGUCAACCUUCUUUGGCAGCUCAGAUGAGUUCAUUGAGAAGCGACGACAGGGUCUGCAACACUUCCUUGAAAAGGUCCUGCAGAGUGUGGUCCUCCUGUCAGACAGCCAGUUACACCUCUUCCUGCAAAGCCAGCUCUCGGUGCCUGAGAUCGAAGCCUGUGUGGAGGGCCGAAGCCCCAUGACUGUUUCUGAUGCCAUUCUUCGAUAUGCUGUGUCAAACUGCGGCUGGGUCCAGGAGGAGAGACAGGGUUCUUCUCACCUGGCCAAGGGAGACCAGCCGAAGAGUUGCUGCUUUCUUACAAGAUCAGGCAGGAGGCGCUCUCCCUCACCACCUCCUGGGCAAGAAAAGGACCACUUUGAGGUGUGGGCUCCUGUUGUUGACUCUGAGGCACCUUCCUUGGAAAGCUCCCUUCUGCCACCCCCCUCCCCACCAUCAAGCUGUGGUUUUACAAGACCUGAUGAGGGAACCUCUCCUCAGCCUGUGAGGAGGGCUGUGGGAAGGGACCAUGCUGUGCCUUUGGACCCUGGUCAAUUAGAAACAGUUUUGGAAAAGUGACUUUGAACUCUGGGUUCUGUUCUCAGGUGGACAGAAGAUGCAGGCAAGGAGACUUGCUCUGGUGGCCUUGGGCACAGGGCAGGUGUUGGGGAUGCUGGGCAGCUUAGUGUCUUACAGUUGCCUUUGCUUGGGGUGGUUACACAAAGGGUGGUCAUGACAUCGCCUCAAGCUUCUUCCAUAGGAAUAAACACUGUGCAGAUGUUUCUAAGUUAAGCUUAAGGUCCAGGGCUGUUGGUUUUGACCAGAACCCCGAUUUUGCUCUCCUGGGAGCUGAGUUUCUUCAGAUGUUUGCUGAGCAGCCCAGGAGUACUGCCUCAGGUAACUGGUUUUGGGGAUCUGAAAGUGGCGGAUUUUAAGUUGCCAAAUUGAGUAUUGUCCCAACAGAAAUGCUUAAUGUAGAAGUAGUCCCAUCGGCUGUCUUUGCUGCAGCCCCUGGAGCACCUUGUUUCUGGGAGGCUGGCCUCUUGCCUACCUCCUUGCAUGGAGAGGGUGGUGAUUAUAUUUAUUCUUCUACCACCUUCCUUUUCUUCCACUAAUACCACUGAAUGGAAUGGUGCUAUGACUCCUGUCUUUGGGGUUUCCUGCGUAUCCCAAGACCUCAGCCUGGCUGGGACCCGAGACCCCCAAAAUAGUUCCUGGCCAUCCGUGAAACAGAAGUGGAUGAUCAGAGCUAGAGAAAAGGCAGUAGCUCAGGGGGCUUUGUUUUGGAAUAGGCAGUCCUGGGCUGUCACUGUCUCUUUCUGGUUAUAAAGCAGAGAUGUGACUGUGUUUUCUGCAGUGUUAGUGUGGGCUCCUUUCUUUUUUGAAUCCCUUUCUUGUCCCCUUAGUAACAGCUCCCUGCCCCCAGGGCUUCAGCCACCACAGUGUCCCUCUGCUGUGUUGCAGGGAGGCUGUAUGUUUAGUCCAAUGGGGCGCAAAGGCUUUGUUUGUGCCUGGAGAGAGGGCUCUGGGGAUGGAGAUGAGGAACAACACGCCUUCCUUCAGACAAUGAGGCAUUCCGCCCUCCUGCUGCCGUAAUUCCCCUCCGCUGAGAGUCGGGGUGGUAGGAGAUGAGUGCCGCAGGCAUGCUGCAUCGCCUGCCCUUAGGUUUGUAUGUGGCGGUUCUCGCCCACGCCUCCCUCCUCUGGCCACCCCAACCUGUCUAUGGGCUCUUUUACUACCAGCCUCUGCUGUGGGACUGUCAUGGCAUUUAGUUCAGAGUUGAGGGGCUUUGGCCUGAAAUAAAAUUCAAGUAUUUAAGACUGUGGCUGCAAUUGGUGUCUAACAAGCUGUAGCCGAGGAGGGAGUGAGGGCUGGCAGUAGUUACUUUCAUAAAUCAUGAAUUUAUCAGCGUGGAAAUAAUGGUUCAGAACUGUGCACCGCAGCUCUCUUGCAUUGUGUGUGCUGCUCAAGUUCACUCCUGGAGGAAGGGUUGUUUUCCAAAGAGCCAGCAUCCGGCUCUCAGUUGCGGGCAUGAACCUUGUUAGGUAUAAUUUACCUUAUGUUGCUUCCACCCUUGCAGCCUGUCUGAGGCGCCAGGUGCUGAAAGAGAAAUAAAGUUUGUCAACAGGCAGAUGCAAA